UUCUUGUGUGUGUUCCAGAGCAAUGGGACACUGAGGAAGAUGGCGCUUGCACCUGUUUCUGCUUGGCUCUGUGCCUAGCUAACUCCUGGAGACUGGACUGGACUGCAGCUGGAAGGAGGCCAGGAUAUUUGGUUGAUGAGGGAGGGGAAGAGGAACAGAGAACCUUGAAUUAGUUUUGUCCUUUUUCUGACCCAACUACCUCACUUCAACAUUCUGCAACAAUCACCACUUCACUUGGUUUUGUAAAUGUACUAGUUCCUAGACUCCUAGACGUAUGUUCUAGGUCCUAGAUUCCUAAACCUAGGCUAUGUGCUAGUUCCUAGAUUCCUUAACCUAGGAUAUGUGCUAGUUGCUAGAUUCCCUAAACCAAGGCUAUUUGCUAGUUCCUAGAUUCCCUAAACCAAGGCUAUGUGCUAGUUGCUAGAUUCCGUAAACCAAGGCUAUUUGCUAGUUCCUAGAUUCCUAAACCUAGGCUAUGUGCUAUUUCCUAGAUUCCUAAACCUAGGCUAUGUGCUUGUUGCUAGAUUCCUUAACCUAGGAUAUGUGCUAGUUGCUAGAUUCUGUAAACCAAGACUAUUUGCUAGUUCCUAGAUUCCUAAACCUAGGCUAUGUGCUAGUUUCUAGAUUCCUAAACCUAGGCUAUGUGCUAGUUCCUAGAUUCCUAAACCUAGGCUAUGUGCUAGUUCCUAGAUUCCUAAACCUAGGCUAUGUGCUAGUUCCUAGAUUCCUAAAUCUAGGCUAUAUGCUAGUUCCUAGAUUCCUAAACCUAGGUUAUAUGCGAGUUCCUAGAUUCCUAAACCUAGGCUAUGUGCUAGUUCCUAGAUUCCUAAACCAAGGCUAUGUGCUAGUUCCUAGAUUCCUAAACCAAGGCUAUAUGCUAGUUCCUAGAUUCCUAAACCAAGGCUAUAUGCUAGUUCCUAGAUUCCUAAACCUAGGCUAUAUGCUAGUUCCUAGAUUCCUAAACCUAGGCUAUAUGCUAGUUCCUAGAUUCCUAAGUGUAGGCUACAGUAUAUGCUAGUUCCUAGAUUCCUAAACCUAGGCUAUAUGCUAGUUCCUAAAUUCCUAAGUGUAGGCUACAGUAUGUGCUAGUUCCUAAUUCUUAAAUGUUUAGUGCUAGUUCCUAGAUUCCAAAACAUAUGGAUUCUAUGAUAUCACCAGAACGUUAUUGUAGCUGGUUCUCUGGAUAAUAGGUGACACAAUUCCCAAUUUUUCCACUCAAUGGAGAGGCUAAGAAGAAAAUCAGGAUAGAGAGGCAAAGAUAAAGAGAAUAAUUUGAGUCAUAUUACUGCUGUACACUUUAGGGAAAACACAACAGUGUAGACUGGAGCUCAUUUCGGCCUCUCUCUCAGCGGUAGUGGAUUAAAAGCAACGAGACCUAGUUGGAGGGAUUAGUCAGAAGUGGAAGAUGAUAAGCAGACAGGGGAGGAGUGAAGUUCGGGCCGUGUGGCCCCUGCUAUUGACUGGGCUGCUGUUGACAGUCAUGGUCACGGCCUUGGAGUACGAGGGAGUCCCUGGUCAGUGGGCGCGGUACGGCCGCUGGGAAGCCAAGGCCACAGGCCAGCUGAGCUUCGCUCUGAAGACCAACAUCAGCAAGGCCCUGGUGCUCUACCUGGACGACGGAGGGAACUGUGACUUCCUGGAGCUUCUGAUCGCAGACGGCCGGCUGCAUCUUCGCUUCACCAUCCACUGUGCAGAGCCGGCCUCCCUGCACACGGAGACUCGUGUCAACGACCAGCGCUGGCACCGCGUGCUGCUCACCCGUAACUACAAAGAGACCAGCCUGGUGGUGGACAACGAGGACAAGGUGGCCGAGGUCAAGUCCAAGAGGAGUGAGAUGGUGGUGGCCAGUGACCUUUACGUAGGCGGCAUCUCGCCAGACGUGCGCCUAUCUGCCCUCACGUCCAGCACCGUCAAAUACGAGCCACCCUUCCAGGGCCUGAUCGCCAACCUGAAGCUGGGGGAGACCCUCCCCGUGCUCCUGGAUGGCCAGAGUGUUCAGAAUGAUUUGGAAUAUCUGUGCAUUAAACAGAACCCCUGCAGCAACAGAGGCCUAUGCUCCAUCCACCAGGGAGAGGUCCUCUGUGACUGCACCGACACUGGAUAUAAGGGAAAGUACUGCCAUGAAGUUAUCCAGAAAGCAGUAGAAGGUCUGGCGCACUUGAUGUUAAACCGCCAAGCUACUGGAACUUCACCUUUGACCUCUACAGCCUUUCGCCAAGCCGUAUCAUCGCAAUCUGCAAAAGAGGAGUCGGUUGCCACCUACAAAGGCAACGAGUUCUUCAGCUAUGACUUAUCUCAGAUGCCCAUCCAGAGCAAACUGGACGAGAUCACUCUGUCCUUCCGCACGCUGCAGAGGAACGGCCUCCUCCUCCACACCGGGAAGUCAGCUGACUAUGUCAACCUAUCCCUGAGGAGCGGCGCUGUGUGGCUGGUCAUUAACCUGGGCUCAGGGGCCUUCGAGGCCCUGGUGGAGCCCACCAACGGCAAGUUCAACGACAAUGCCUGGCACGAAGUGCGCAUCACACGCAACCUGCGCCAGGUGACUGUCUCUGUGGAUGGGAUCCUGUCCACCACCGGCUACACCCAGGAGGACUACACCAUGCUGGGCUCUGAUGACUUGUUCUACAUUGGGGGGAGUCCCAACACGGCUGACCUCCCUGGCUCCCCAGUCAGCAGUAACUUCAUGGGCUGUCUCAAAGACGUGAUUUACAAGAACAAUGAGUUCAGACUGGAGCUGUCUCGUCUGGCUGCAGAGCGGGACCCUCAGGUCAGUGUUCACGGUGACCUGACCUUCCGCUGUGAGGAUGUGGCUGCCCUGGAGCCAGUCACCUUCGACACGCCUGCCUCCUACCUCACCCUGCCCAGGUGGAACACCAAGAAGACCGGCUCCAUCUCCUUUGACUUCCGGACCACGGAGCCCAGCGGCCUGCUGCUGUUCAGCCACGGGGACAGACGUCUGCGGGACCCAGACAGACAGCCGGACAGGCAGGCCAGGGCUGAUUACUUUGCCAUGGAGCUAAUGGAUGGCUUUCUCUACCUGGUGAUGGACAUGGGCUCUGGCACCAUCAAGAUGAAGGCCAGCAACAAGAGGGUCAACGAUGGGGAGUGGUGCCACGUGGACUUCCAGAGGGAGGGGCGUAAGGGCUUCAUCUCGGUGAACAGCCGCAGCACACCAUUCUCUGCCAAUGAAGGCAAUGAGAUCUUAGACCUGGAGGGGGAAUUGUACCUGGGGGGUCUGCCCGAGGAACGCCAGCGCCUCAUCCUCCCCCCAGAAGUCUGGACGGCCCCCCUCAACCUGGGCUACGUGGGCUGCAUGCGGGACCUGUUCAUGGAUGGACGGAGCCGGGACCUGAGGAGACUGGCAGAGAUCCAGAGUGCCUCUGGAGUCAGCAGCUUCUGCACCAGGGAAACUCACGUCAGGUGUGGCAGAGACGUCUGUGGCAACGGUGGGCAGUGCCGUGAGGGCUGGAACCGUCAUGUGUGUGAUUGCACCAGCACGGGCUACCUGGGUCCCAACUGUGAGAGCGAGGCCACGGUGCUGAGCUACGACGGCAGCAUGUACCUGAAGGUGACGCUGCCAGUCAGCAUGCACACGGAGGCCGAGGACGUGGCGCUACGCUUUAUGUCCCAGAGGGCCUUUGGGCUGCUGUUGGCCACCACCUCCCAGGACUCAGCUGACACCCUGCGUCUGGAGCUGGAAGCGGGCCGGGUCAAACUCACCGUCAACCUGGAUUGUAUCAGGAUAGACUGUAACCUCAGUAAAGGCCCAGAGAUGCUGUUAGCAGGACAGAAGCUGAAUGACAAUGAGUGGCACUCAGUGAAGGUGGUACGUCUUGGGAAGAACCUGCAGCUCUCUGUGGACAAUGUGACUGUGGAAGGCCAUAUGGCCGGUGCCCACACCCGCCUGGAGUUCCACAACAUUGAGACUGGCAUCAUGACAGAGAGACGCUUCAUCUCUGUGGUGCCAACCAACUUCAUAGGGCACCUGCAGGCCCUCUCCUUCAACGGCGUGCCCUACCUGGACCAGUGUAAGAACGGAGACAUCUCCUACUGCGAACUCAACGCCCGCUUCGGCAUGCGCCGCAUUGUGGCAGACCCUGUGACCUUCCACAGCCGGGCCAGCUACCUAGCCUUCUCUACCCUGCAGGCCUACGCCUCCAUGCACCUAUUCUUCCAGUUCAAGACCACCUCCCCUGAUGGCCUGCUCCUCUUCAACUCUGGAGACGGCAGUGACUUCAUCAUGGUGGAGCUGGUCAAAGGGUACAUCCAUUAUGUGUUUGACCUGGGUAACGGACCGUCACUCAUGAAGGGCAACUCUGAGAAGCCUCUCAACGACAACCAGUGGCACAACGUGGUGGUGUCCCGGGAUGAUAAAAACGUGCACAUCCUCAAGACCGACUCCCGCACCGUCACCCAGCACUCCAACGGAGCCCGUAACCUGGACCUCAAAGGGGAUCUGUAUCUUGGUGGUGUGGCGAAGACCAUGUACAGUAGCCUGCCCAAGCUGAUCGCGUCCCGCGAUGGGUACCAGGGCUGCCUGGCCUCCGUGGACCUGAACGGGAGACUUCCUGACCUGAUGGCAGACGCCCUCCACAGGGUGGGCCAGGUGGAGCGGGGCUGUGGAGGCCCGAGCAGCACCUGUACAGAGGACUCGUGCCAUCACCAGGGGGUGUGUCUCCAGCAGUGGGAGGGCUUCUCCUGUGACUGCACCAUGACCUCCCAUGGAGGAGCAUUCUGCAGCGACCCUGGGACCACGUAUAUCUUUGGGAGAGGAGGAGCCCUCAUCACGUACACCUGGGCCCCUAAUGAGAGGCCGAGCACCAGAGCUGACCGCCUAGCUGUGGGCUUCAGUACUCAGCAGAAAGACGCCAUCUUGGUCAGAGUGGAGAGCACCAGUGGACUGGGAGACUACCUGCAGCUGCACAUAGAACAUGGAAAGAUCGAUGUGAUCUUCAACGUGGGGACAGAUGACAUCACCAUUGGCGAGCCGGCUGUCAUAGUUAGCGAUGGCAAGUACCAUGUUGUGCGCUUCACACGCAGCGGUGGCAACGCCACCCUCCAGGUGGACAACCAACCUGUCAUCGAACGCUACCCGCCAGGGAACUUUGAUAAUGAGCGCCUGGCUAUUGCUAGACAAAGAAUCCCAUACCGACUUGGUCGGGUAGUUGACGAGUGGCUACUCGACAAAGGACGACAGCUGACCAUCUUCAACAGCCAGGCAGCGAUAAAGAUCGGGGGUCAGGAUAAAGGCCGGCCGUUCCAGGGCCAGAUCUCUGGUCUCUACUAUAACGGCCUGCAGGUGCUUAAGCUGGCGGCAGAGAGUGACCCCAGUGUCCAGGCUGAGGGGAACCUGAGGCUGGUGGGAGACUCACUGUCAGUGCUGACCACUGAGACCACCUCCACCACCCCACUGGCUGUCUCCGACAUGUCCACCACCAUCAUGGAGACCACCACCACCAUGGCCACCACCACCACCCGCAGGCAACGCUCACCCAGCAUGAGGGAGAGCAUCUCCCAGUCUCAGAACUCGGAUGACAUCUUGGUGGCGUCUGCUGAGUGUCCCAGUGAUGACGAGGAUCUGGAGGAGUGUGAGCCUGGAACAGGAGGUGAAUUAGUGUUGCCUAUAAUAACAGUGGAUUCCCUUGAGCCCCCAUCCAUCGCCACCCGUUACCCUGCUAUCCCCCCUCCUCCCACCUCCCUGUCCCCACUUGAGACCACCAAAGAGUCCCUGAUGCUGUCCAACCCUCACCCUCCCUGCCCCUCGGACCAGGAGGACUGCGGUGACCCUGUGGAGGUCUCAUCCUUUGGUUCGGGGGAGUUGACGGAAUCAGAUGAUGAGGACUUUUACAAAAACUCCCCCCUGGUCACUGACAGGACAGUCCUGCCUCCUCCUCCCCCCGCCGCUGGUGAGGGCCGGGCCCAGAAACCCCAUAAUCCCCGCCCCCCUCCUUCUGCUCCCACCACCAACCCUGACCAGCUCCACAUCCCCGCGGGCAAAAUGAACACCCGUGACCAGGUGCUUCUGCCCCCCGUCCCUCCAUCAUCUCGGAAUACACCAGGACUAACUUACCCCCCCAAUUUCCCCCAUGUGCCCACAGCCGACCCUACAGCCCCUGGUGAGAAGAUCAUAUAUCCCGGCCUGGUGGAUAGGAUCGGGGAGUCCAGUAGCACCACAGGGAUGGUGGUUGGCAUUGUGGCAGCUGCUGCCCUCUGCAUUCUCAUCCUCCUCUACGCCAUGUACAAGUACCGCAACCGUGACGAGAGCUCCUACCGGACGGACCAGGGACACAGCUUCAUCAACAACCCAGUUGCUGAGGGCAACGGGGCCAUGGUCAAGCUAGAGAAGACACCAAGUAUAACGGCUACAGUAGCCAAGGCUGUCACCAAGGGCAACAAGAACAAACAAAAAGAGUAUUACGUCUGAGAGAGGGAAGAAGAGAGAAGGAGAGCAAGAGAGAGAUAGGCUAGAGGAAAAUCAUGGAAAGGGGGUUCUCCCAAUUAAAAUUCCACAUGAUCCACUAGAUAAACAUCCAAAGUUUAGGGUGUAAUUGUUACAUUUGCGCCACAAAAACUAACAAAAAAAACUACUUACCAUCAGUAUUUUCACAGUUCCAGGUAAAUUAUAUAUUUUUAAUUUCUAUCACAUACCAAGUACUGUAUUGGUUAACAUAGUAUUUCAUACUGGAUUAGAAGCCUAUCCAUUUGCUGUCUUUGUAUAUAGCACCCCAUCUAUCAACUUUAUGGUUCACAGUGAAAACUGAGCUGAGACCAUUGUACUAUAGAAAAGACCAUUGUACUCUAGAAACAGAUUUGCAUGAAUGUCAGUUCUCAAGUCUCUCUGUCUUCUAAUAACGUCAGAGGUAUCGGUGUGUACCGAUUGGUCAUUAUGGUAAAUAACAACAAAGCAACCCAAUAGCGUUUACUAGAAUAAACAAAAGCCAUACCCAUACUUGGAGACUGAGUGACCCACCUUCUCAGCAGACUAGUCUACCCCAUUUUGUGUUAUCUCGUCUGGUUGUCCAUGGUGAAAUGUUGCUAGUUGACUAUAAUUGAACCAUGUUUUAAGCAUAAUGAUAUAUUUCUUUCCUUAUGGAAAAUACAGGUUUUCAAAAGUAAUAUACAAUUCACAGCCUAAUUUAGCCAACAACCCCUCUAUCUGGAUGAAUAAAAUGAGCCAGAUUCUCUCAUCUCUGUGUGAGGAGAGAUCUACAGUGUGUCAUUCCAUCCAAGAAGAAGUUCCUCAAAAUGCUACUGUAGCAAAGACAUUGCUCUGUAAACAUUUUUGUAAAGACGUCUUGGGAUUGAAAAAGCUUUGCUCGUUGGUUCUGUGGAGUACAUAGACUAACAGACAUGAAAAAUACACUUCAUGUGAGAGAUGUUCUGCCUCCACGGUUACCACUGUCAACACUCCAGCCAGAUCCCCCAUGAGGAGAAGUAGAGAGUGAAUAUGAAAGGGAGCUUCAGGACACAGAUUCACUUUUGAAGAACUUUUUCUAGUGGUUCCUGGGUAGGGGGAGAUGCCCAACCUUGUGUCAAGAGGCUGGCUUUCCCUUCCUUCUUCAAUAUUGACACAAAAACUGGAAAGGCACAAACAGUAGAAACAUAUCUUUGAGAGAUUAACAAGUGUUUCCUUAGAAAGCAAACUGAACAUGUAUUCUGGUUUUUAUACCCAUUAAUAAAAUACUAUUCUGUGAGACAUUAUUGAAGGUUUGUGAAUUGUAUAGCUAUUUCUCAGAUAUUUCAGUGUUUCUCUUGUUAGCAUUCCUCCUUAACAAAAUAAGGCGUUCAGUUGUUUAUGUUGCCUUUUAUAAUCAGAUAGAGAUUUGUCUAUGAUGAGACAACAUUGUCUGACUACAGAAACCCAUAUUCAGCAUUUUCUUUUUCAAUGUUGAAUGGCAUUACAUUUCCAUUAAGGACUGGUUAGUGAUUGUAUGUAAACGUUUCAAGAGAAAACACAAAGGAUGAUGUGUAAUUUUUUUUCUUGGUUCUUCAUUUUAUGUACACUGAAAAACAUGUCUCUCUUUGUCUGUCGUGUUGACAUUCACUCCGUUGUAUUAUGUUAAUAUUUUCAAUUUCUGGGAUUUCCUCUUUAUUCUUUUAUUAUUUUAUGAAGUGCCACUGCUCCAGAGUAUAUUCCUGUCCUCACUCAAUGAUAUUGUAAAGUGUUCCUGUGAAAUUAAUCUUAAUAUGUGUACAGUACAUUGACAGAGGGGAAAUACACUUGGUAAUAUACUUUGUAUA